UAGCUUCAAGGCAGUCAAUUUGGUCGUGGACAGAGAGUCGACCAGACGCGACAAGACGCGACCAGACGCGACAAGAUGAGGCAACUUGUUCUGACCGCGUUUCUGCUGGGUUCUCUGGCGAUGGCUUCGGCUUCUGAUGUCGACGAAUGUGCCAGUAACAACGGUGGGUGUGCCCACACGUGCACAAACAGCGUCGGAAGCUUCAGCUGCUCUUGCCGGGCCGGCUACGUGUUGAAUGCUGAUGGUUUAGCCUGUGAUGAAAACCCCGGUCUCGAACCUGCCAGCAAUUUCGGGGACUACCAGGGCUACAGGAUCUGGUCGUCCGACCGUCACCAGCGUCUGUCCUACUCAGACGCCCGGGACGUCUGCCGAAUUAACGGGGGCACACUGGUGAUGAUCAAGGACAGCGCCAAACAAACCUUCAUCGUGGACCACCUGAAGAAGGAGAGUACGCAAGGCGGCCGAGCAAGGAGGUUCUGGAUUGGCCUGGACGACCUUAACGACGAGAACGUUUUCCUCUGGAACGACGGAACACCUCUGGGAGCUUUUGACAGCUUCCAGUCCACGGCUCCGCACACGAUCAGGGACUGUGUGACUCUGAGCAAGAAAGCUAGGCGGGCCCCUCGCUGGGACAUCAAACCAUGCACCAACAGCUACUCGUACAUCUGCCAAAUGGACUUUGACGCCUGCCUGUCCAAUCCGUGUGAUGUGAACGCCGUGUGUACAGACAACCCCGCCCCUGCACUUGACGCCACUUGUACCUGUAAAGCUGGAUAUGAGGGAGACGGAACUUCGUGUUCAGACAUUGACGCCUGCCUGUCCACUUCGUGUGAUGUGAACGCCGUGUGUACAGACAACCCCGCCCCUGCACUUGACGCCACUUGUAACUGUAACGCUGGAUAUGAGGGAGACGGAACUUCGUGUUCAGAUAUCGACGAAUGCGCCAGUAACAACGGUGGGUGUGCACACACGUGCACAAACAACGUCGGAAGCUUCAGCUGCUCUUGCCGGGCCGGCUACGUGUUGAAUAAUGAUGGUUUUGCCUGCGAUGAUGACAACGAAUGCAGCAGAAACAACGGUGGGUGUCAAAGGGUGUGCACGAACACCGAGGGAAGCUUCAUCUGCUCUUGCAAUGGCCAAGAAGAGUUGAAUGCCGAUGGCUUCUCCUGCGAUGGUAAGUUAGGGCUACCUUUGCCAAGAAGGUUAUGUGUGUGUUCGUGUUUUGCCAUCAGCCUUCGGGAUUGA